UGUUUGCAUUCGGACAGCAGCAGUCUUCCUUUCUUUUCCCCUUCCUCUUUCCAAUGCGUUUCACUGCCUUUGUGGCUGUCGCUCUGCUCGGCUUGGUCGCGCUUUCCGCGGCCAUUCCCGUUGCUCCCGGCGUCGUCAAGGUCGCCAUCUCGAAGGCGCCCGCCGCCAUCAACCCCAACCGCCGCUCGCUCGGCGCAAACCCCGCCGUCAACCUCGGCAACUUUGAGAAUGCUCAGUACUACGGUGAAAUCGAGAUCGGAACCCCGCCGCAAAAGUUCAAGGUCGUCUUCGACACUGGCUCGUCCAACGCGUGGGUCCCCUCGGCCACUUGCAAGAUCACCGACCUGCCCUGCGACCUCCACAAAAAGUACCACUCUGAAAAGUCGAGCACCUACGUUGCCAACGGCACCACCUUUGCCAUCCAGUACGGCUCUGGCUCGCUCACGGGCUACCUGUCGCAAGACACCUUCACCGUCGCCGGCCUCAAGGUCACCAACCAGGUCUUUGCUGAGGCCACCAACGAGCCCGGCCUUGCUUUCGUCCUUGCUCGCUUUGACGGCCUGCUCGGCCUCGGCUUCCAGGAAAUCUCCGUCCUGAACGUUGUCCCCGUCUUCUACAACAUGGUCGCCCAGGGCCUGCUCAACUCGGCCUCGUUCGCCUUCUGGCUCAGCCGCAACGGCACCUCCAUCCUCAAGCCCGGCGGCGAGCUCGUCCUCGGUGGUGUCGACCCCAGCCACUACACUGGUGCCUUCACCUACAUUCCCGUCAGCAAGCCCGGCUACUGGCAGUUCGCCCUCGACUCUGUCCAGGUCGGCUCGACCACCUUUGGCGCCAACACCCAGGGCAUUGCUGACUCUGGCACGUCCCUCCUCGCUGGCCCCGUCGCCGACGUCAAGAAGAUCAACGCCCAGAUUGGCGCCAUCGGCAUCCUCGCCGAGGAGUGCGACAUGAUUAUCGAGCAGUACGAGCCCAUCAUUGUCGAGGGCCUCGUCCAGCGCCUCGACCCCGUCACCAUUUGCAAGGAGAUUGGCUCGUGCAAGGCCAACGCCUCCACCUCGUGCUACACUUGCAAGCUGCUCAUCACCGCUCUCGAUGCCGAGCUCGGCAACAACCGCACCCAGGCUGCCAUCGAGGCCGCCCUCGAGGGCCAGUGCAACCGCCUCCCUUCCCCCGACGGUGAGAGCCUCGUUGACUGCACCAAGCUCGACACUAUGCCCACCAUCUCGUUCGUCCUCGGCGGCAAGUCCUUCCCCCUCACCCCCAAGCAGUACGUUCUCGAGGUCACCUCGGAGGGCCAGAGCGAGUGCAUUUCGGGCUUCAUUGGCCUCGAUGUUCCCCCGCCGCUUGGUCCCCUGUACAUUCUCGGUGAUGUCUUCAUGGGCGUCUACUACACUCACUUCGACAUGGCCAACAAGCGUGUCGGCUUUGCCCUCUCCACCUAAAGGGUUGAGCGAUGCAUUGAAUGAUUGAUUUCAUUGGAACAAUUACCUUUUGCUUUGUGUGUUUCCAUCCACAUCCAAUACAAAUUGUUCCUUGUUA